AGUCGGUAAUGCCCGGAGCAAAGAGAGAGAGAGAGAGAGAGAGAGAGAGAGAGAGAGAGAGAGAGAGAGAGAGAGAGGGGGGGGGGGGGGCAGAGAGAGAGAGGGAGAGAGGUAGUGUGAGGGAGAAAGAGAACGAGAUAGAGAGAGAGGAGAAAGAGAGAGAGAGAGAACGAGAGAGAGAACGAGAGAGAGAGAGAGAGAGGGAGAGAGAGAGAGAGAGAGAGAGAGAGAGAGAGAGAGAGAGAGAGAGAGAGAGAGAGAGAGAGAGAGAGAGGGAGAGGUAGAGAGAGAGAAAGAGGUAGGGUGU